AGUGGACAAUCAUCAGUAGAUGUCGGAAGGGAUCGAGUGAACGAGAAGAGAUACGGAAAAGGAUUAAGAUGCUACGAACCAUGUUAAUGUGUGUUGGGUUCCUGCUAGUCUAUUUCUCAUUGGCUGACGCAGCAUGCUACACAUGUGGAAGUACAACAAACAUCAGGAAUCAGUGGCCUGGUAACUUUGAUGCCGAGUUCUCAAUUCCCAUCACGAAUUCAGUGUCCGGAGGCUGGAAGCUGAAACUACAGUUCUCCAAACCAGUCACAAGCCUUCAGAUUUGGAAAGCAAAUAUCAAGAACACUAACGGCGACUCCACUCUGUACAUCCUGGAGAACAAAAGAUGGAACCGAAACCUGUCCCCAGGACAGAACCUAGCCAUGAGCUUCCUCGGUCAGUUUGACGGUCAAGCUCCCAGCUUUACUGUCCGUCUACUUGGCCAGGCAGAUUGUGGUCAAUGUUCGGACAGCGCAGUUAUUCACACCACACCACGUCCAGCAGUUUCCACUCCCCUGGGCUGCAGAACCUGCUGUUCUUCGGCUCAAAUCACCCACGAAUGGCCAGGAAACUUCAAUGGAGAGUUCAUCUUACCGAUCGAGAAUGAGGUGACCGGUGGCUGGGAGGUGGAGCUUCUGUUCUCCGAGCCAGUUUCAAAUCUUCAGGUUUACAAUGCCCUAAUUACCGACAUCUUGAAUGGAGGUACAAUUUACAGAUUGAGGAACAAGAAUUACAAUGCUGACCUCGCUGCGGGGACUGUAAACACCCAAAGGUUUCAGGCUUCUACGACAGUUACUCCUAGCUUCACUGCUCACAUGGUCGGUCAACCAGAAUGUUGCCAAGACGAUCCAACAUCCUGUCAAACGUCUACAACAGUCUCACCACCCACAACUGAACCUUCAACGGAACUUCCAACAGAACUUUCCAGUGAACCUCGCACUGUACCUUCAACAAGACUUCCAAUUACUGCACACACAACAACUGCGGUGAAACCCGUUGAGACAACACGCGUCACUCAAUGGACUUCGUCAGCUCCCUACGACUAUGCUGAAGUGAUUCAUAAGUCCAUCUUGUUCUAUGAGGCACAGCGAUCAGGACCUUUACCACCCGAUAACCGCAUACACUGGAGAUCUGACAGCACUUUGAAUGACAUGGGAAUUAAUGGAGAAGACUUGACUGGUGGAUGGUUUGAUGCUGGAGACCACGUGAAAUUUGGUUUUCCCAUGGCAUCAACUGUAACUGUUCUUGCCUGGGGCUUGGUCGAGUACCGCGACGCCUACCUUGCAUCAGGGGAAUUAGACAACAUGCUGGAUUGCAUCAAGUGGGCAACUGACUACUUCCUAAAAUGCCACACUGGACAAUAUGAAUUCUACGGACAGGUUGGUGACGGCAACCUUGAUCAUGCGUACUGGGGCCGACCAGAAGACAUGACAAUGCGCCGACCUGCCUUUAAGAUCACAGCUGCUAACCCUGGGACUGAGGUUGUUGCUGAAACAGCUGCAGCAUUGGCUGCUUCCAGCAUUGCCUUUAGGCAAACAGAUCCAACUUACGCCGAAGAACUUCUUCAGAAUGCGAUAGAACUGUACGCUUUCGCUGACCAAUACAGAGGAACUUACACCAAUGCUAUUCCUAACGCUGCUAGUUUCUAUAAUUCUUAUAGUGGUUACGGGGAUGAGUUAGCAUGGAGUGCAGCAUGGUUGGCCCGUGCUACCGGUAACAACACGUAUCUGACGGCGGCAAAUAAGCACUACGAUGCCUUCCAUAUCGGAGAUGGCACACCCUGGGCAUUUUCCUGGGAUGAUAAGAAAGCUGGAGUUAUGAUGAUGAUGUAUCAAUUGACUGGUGCUACUCGUUAUAAGACUGCUAUCACCAAUUACUUGAAUAGCUGGCAACCAGGGAACAUCCAGUACACACCAAAGGGACUAGCAUGGAGCGUCCAGUGGGGAACUAACCGUUAUGCGGCCAGCACUGCCUUCCUUGCUCUGGUUGCUGCACACGAAGGAAUCGAAGUAAGGAAAUACCAAGACUUUGCCAAGCAGCAGAUUAACUACAUGUUGGGUGAUGGUGGCAGAAGUUUCGUGGUAGGCUUUGGCAAUAAUCCGCCGCAUUCCCCGCACCAUCGAGCAAGCUCCUGUCCUGAUUUUCCCGCGCACUGUGGUUGGAGUAAUCUAAACGACCCUGACCCUAACCUCCACGUGUUAGAGGGCGCCCUUGUCGGUGGGCCAGACAUUAAUGAUGGUUUCGUCAAUGACAGGUUGGACUACAUUCAGAACGAGGUAGCGACCGAUUACAAUGCUGGUUUCCAGUCAGCUCUGGCAGGUUUGAAGUUUUUGGACAUGAAUGGCCUAUAUUAGACGGCAAAGGGACAACUAAUACUCUUCGAUUAUGUAAGAUAAUUCCAAACAUGAGUCAAACAGCUGGAAGCUGUGAAUUAAAAUUUAAGUGCUUAGUGGUUGAAUAUCAAUUUUUUAUUUAUCAGUUUUUCUCAAAAACAUAUUGUUGCGUUUCUCAGGUUUGAAUAUUUGGACAUGAAUGACCAAUAUUAGACGGCAAAGGGACGGCUACUCUUCAAUUAUGUAGGAUUAGUCCAAACAUGAGUCAAACAGUUGGAAGCUGGGAAUUAAAAUUAAAGUGUUGGUUCGAAUAUUAAUUUUAUCAGUUUCUCAAAAAGAUAAAAAAAAAAUAGCCCGGUUAUUUUCAACGCUUUCAUUCACGUUAUUAUGUGGCUCAUUGAAUUGCGAAACGAAAUAGAAGAAAUACGAGAGCAGUGACGAAAUCGUUACAUUCAAAUAAAAGUGAACGUUAACGAAAUAGUUGGGUGUAGAAAUCUAAACGUAAGCAUAACCAGUGAAAAUUGUGGCCAUUAACGUCAAUAAAAUAGAAAAUUGAAGAUUUGAAAAGAAUUGCGAAACGGAAUAAAAAAAUUAGAGAGCAGUGACGAAAUCGUUACAUUGAGCAGUGACGAAAUCGUUACAUUUUUUUUCAAUACAAACU